GCGACAACAGCCAGAAGGUCUGCAUGCUCGCACCUCAUCCCAACGAAACCAGGAUGGCAUCUGCAACAUGAAGGGAAGAAAGGAUGGAUCAGAAUCACUCACUUCCUCCUCACUUAUAAGGCUAAAUGGGCUUGGAGCGUAGCCUAUAUGCAUUGUCUGCUGCUGUCAGGCUCCGUGAAAGCCCUCUGUUGUCUGCGAGCCGUCGGCCUCCCCACCCCUCUCCUCUUCCAUGACAUUUUCAGAGGAAGAAGAGGAAUACUGGGACGGGAUCCAUCUAGCCUUUGGGGCAAUUGAGGUGAGAGAUGAGAAGAUCCCUAGGGUUGAAUUUUGAUGAGCCAUCCUUUUCAACAGAGACAAUAAAGGGACACAGUAACACUUUUCUCCAACUAGGAAAAUUACCGUAUCAGUGUCAUCCACUCAAACUGCUGCGCUGUCAUGCUGUGUUGCUUACGGCCACUAGGGGGCAUGUUUUCAUGGUCCCUGAAGAUUGCUAUGAUACGCUGUGAUGGAUUAACCCGUGUAGUAUAUUAACUUUAUUGAACUUUUUCCACAUAUAUUGAUUUAAAAUCAAGUUUGACGCGUAUGUUGAAGUAUUGUAGCAGUAAAUGUGUCUUGGUUCAAACAUCCUCAUUGCUGAUUAGUUAUCCUGCGGGUCUGAAACACGUGACGGCUGACAAAGUCAACCAUUCACACGGACGUUAGUUUGCAAAAACAAAAAAUGCUCACAUUUUUCCAGCACAAACGUGGACGUGCCAUUCCUCUAUUGUUUUAUCUCAUACAUUGAAGAAAUACAUGUAUCAUAUUAAUUUAUUGGAUUAAAUUAUUUAUAUUAGAAAUGCACAAUAGCUUUUUUUCAAUCCGAUACCAAUAACCUUGUGCUUCUUAAGACCGAUAUGACACCAACAACCGAUAAUAUCUAGAUUUAACGAUAGUUUGUGCAAAGGACUGGAGCAACUGUACGUGUUGAUUUGUCCUAAUCAAAUAUCAUGACAUUGCUGCCACCACGGGCCGCACGUUGGCCAAGUGGUUAGCAUGUUGGCCACACAGUCAGGAGAUCGGGAAUAUCUGGGUUUGAAUCUCCGUUGGCAUCUCUGUGUGGAGUUUGCAUGUUCUCCCUGUGUGUGCGUGGGUUUUCUCCGGGUACUCCGGUUUCCUCCCACAUUCCAAAAACACGCAUGUUAGGUUAAUUGGCGAUUCUAAAAAUUGUCCGUAGGUAUGAAUGUGAGUGUGAAUGUUUGUUUGUCUUUAUGCGCCCUGCGAUGUACCCUGGACCGGUCCAGGGUGUACUCCACCUCUCGCCCGACGUCAGCUGGGAUAGGCUCCAGCAUGCCCGCGACCCUAGUGAGGAUAAGCGGCAUAGAAAAUAGAUGGAUGGAUACUACUACCACAUCAGCAGUAGAGCGGUGGCCCAGCAAGGUGCACUGUAUUCGGGCACAUGCUCCAAGCAGCCGAUGUGACGCCACCGGAAAACCUUUUUCACUUUUCAGGUGGCUGAUGGUUUUUUGUGUGCGCCAUGCUUUUUUUUCCCCCAUCCUUGCGGAGCAUUUGGCACAACGUCCUUCCUCUGAAGUGAGCUAAGGGGAAGUUACGACAGGAUGUGAACACCACAGGCAGGAGAAAAAAGGAUCGCUUCAUUUGCUCACUCGCAGAGUACUGGUAAUCUCGCCUCAUUGGAGCGUCUUUUUAAAUGACGGUUAUCUGAGCUAUUUUAUUAUCGGAUUUAUUGGUAUGACGUUAUAAUUCCCGUUAAUUAUUUAUUUGUUUUAGUAUAUCAUAUCAAAUAAGAUAUUUUUUUUUCAUUUAAGUCAAAUUUUUUUACAGGCUUGCUGUCGGCGUGUUGUUCUUUCUAUAUUGUCUAAAAUUGUCUAUUUUUAACUUGUACGUUCCUUAAGGGACUGUUUCUAUGAGCCAUUCUUAAUAUGUAGUUGCAUUCUUCUUGUACAUUGUAUUUAUUUGUAAAAUUCAUAAGCUUGCAGUAGUUUUCAAUAAACCAACCCUAUUCUUUUUAAUUGAUUGGAAAAUGUACACAUGUAAUACAUAAAAUGUAAUACAUCUAAUCUACAAUGCAAAUAGUUUCCAGUGCACCUGUAUAAACAAUAUUAUUAUCCACAUGGUUGUUCUUAGAUCUUAGAACUCUAGUCUCUACCUUUUUUAUCUGGUAGGGCCAAUUGUUUAACCUUCAAAAAAUGUUUUUUUUUAAAUAUAUUUUGUGUAUAUUUAGUAUAUUUUAUUUAUAUGUUUUUAUUUUCUUUAUACAUUGUAAUUUUUGAAGGCUUAUUGUACUUAUCCUGUACUUUCUAUUAUGUCUAAAGUUGUGUAACGUGUAUUUUAUUCUUUAAGGGACAAUGUCCAUCAUUAGUAACAUACAGUAUGUACUGUAUUUUUAUGUAUUUGAUGUGAGGAUCAACCCCUUCAGCUCCAGGAGGAUGACGUCACUGCAGCCAAUCAGGAGAGAGCUGCCUCAGUACCUGAUGGGCUCAAGUCUGAGGGUUUGUAGCUGGACUUGCCAGAACCCCUCUGGCUGAGCUAACUUGAAGAUGUUGCAGGCUGGGCCACAAAAGAGCAGCUCUUUGACGCUGGUGCUGAUGGUUGCUUCUGCAGCCAUUGGAGGGACGCUUCAGUAUGGAUAUAACCUAGCCAUCAUGAAUGCACCCACUGCUUUCAUACAGACCUUCAUCAACGAGACCGUUGUGGACCGCUGGGCUCUCCAGCUGCAGGACUACCAGGUGACUCUGAUCUGGACCAUUAUCGUCUCCAUCUUCUCGUUAGGCGGCUUCGCGGGGGCUCUCAUCGCCGGACCCAUGUCCAUUCGCUUUGGGAGGAAAAAAUGCAUGUUGCUCAACAAUAUUUUCCUUCUAAGCGGCGCCCUCUUGGCUUUGACAAGUCGAGCUGCUGGGUCUUUUGAGAUGAUCAUCCUGUCACGUGUCCUUAUUGGAAUAAAUGCAGGGAUUAGCAUGAACGUGCAACCUAUGUAUUUUGGAGAGAGCGCACCAAAGCACCUGAGAGGGGCCGUGUCCUUGUCCUCUGCUGUUUUUACAGCCUUUGGAGUCGUGCUGGGACAAGUGGUGGGACUCAGGGAGGUUCUGGGCAGUGAGUCGUGUUGGCAGUAUCUCCUUGCCAGUAAUGCCAUCCCUGGCUUCAUUCAGCUCCUGACCCUGCCGUGGUUCCCAGAAAGCCCCAGAUACUUACUCAUAGACAGGGGGGACAAGGAGGCCUGCAUCAACGCUCUGCGCCGACUGCGUGGCUGCGACGUCCAGAGCAGCGAGCUGGCCGAGAUCCUGCAAGAACAAGCCGAAACCAAGGGCAUGAGGCCCAGCCGUCCGUGGGAGCUCUUCAGCGACCGUGCUGUGCGCUGGCAGCUCAUCUCCGUCAUGGUCAUCAGCAGCGCCAUGCAGCUGUGCGGCAAUGACUCGAUCUACUUCUACGCAUCGUACGUCUUUAAAGAGGCUGGAAUAUCUGAUGACCAAAUCCAGUAUGUCACAGUCGGCACGGGCACGUGUGAAUUCACAGCCUGCAUCUUGUGUAACCUGCUGAUCGAGCGCAAAGGUCGAAAGUUCCUGUUGAUGGGAGGCUUCGUCCUCAUGACCCUGUGGGCGAUUGUCUUCACCAUCGCUUUGUCUUUUGAGCACCUCAUAUCCUGGAUGCCUUACCUGAGCAUGGCCUGCAUCUUCACCUACAUCCUCAGCUUCGGCAUGGGUCCAGCCGGUGUGACGGGAGUUCUUCCCACUGAGGUGUUCAAUCAAACCGCUCGGCCAGCGGCUUACAUGAUCGCCGGCUCCAUGAUGUGGAUCAACCUCUUCAUUGUUGGAAUGGUCUUUCCAUUUCUAGUGAGUGAGAUGCGCCAGUAUUGUUUUGUGCCUUUCGGUGCCGUGUGUUUGCUGUCUGCGCUCUACGUCGGCCUGUUUCUGCCGGAGACCAAGGGCAAGUCUUUAUCGGCCAUCACCACGGAAUUCCACAAGCUCAACUUCAAGAACCAGGAGAGAAAGUGCGACGGUCAAAGUCAGUAUCUGGCUGGCCAAGUGUGUGCGUCCACGACCCUGUAGACACCUUUCAGCUUCUUCGCUACUUGGUGUAACUGAUUCAAAUAACACCAUAUUAUAUCAUGUAUUGUAUGCUAAUGUCAAAGUGUGUGUGUGUGUGCGUGCGCGCGUGUGUAAAUGAGAACUCAAUCAUCUGUCAUACAAAGCAUGUGGAAAGGAUUCCUUUAUGUACAAGAUUUAAAUAUUUGUUUAUUUAUGUCGUGUAUUCAAUG